AGCUGUUCGGCAGUCCCGCAGUGUGUCGAAACGUCCAGUUGACCAUGCCACAUCCCUCCUACCCAAGUGAUUUGUGGAUUCGCCUUUGUGUUACACUAUGCACAGUCCCCACAAAACCCCAGCAAUGAUUGCACGCCAUUCGCACAUAAUAAAGUGAAAAAAAGGCCAACGGGAUACGGAAGUGGGUUUUCUCAGUGAAGGUUUCCCCGACCGACCGAACAGUUGAACCAUUCGAGUGGGGGGGGUUGCAACAACCCGUUAAUUCCGUGCAGUUCUGCGUGGAUCCAGGGGCUCACUCACUCAUCGGGGAGAAUCUCUAGGCCAACCCGGUCGCCUCGAUGUCGUUGUUCCUCCGGUCUAUUCCCUCGAGAAAAAAUCUCAUGAAACAAUACACCUGAAGAGCUAAGGGAGCAAAGGCAGCCAGCCGAAAUUCCAGGAUUUUGUAGUCUCGAAACCCCCACUUCAGAUUCAUAGAUGGAAGGCCCGAGUGACGAAAAAAAGGAAACCCCCGAAAUACAUGACAAGCAAACUAAUGGAAUAAUAGGGAAAGAAUUGAAUGGCGAGGCGAGAGUCGGUGAGAGCCUGGAGAGCAUCAAAGAUGCUGUGGAUGCACCAGCAGUGACGAUGGACGAAGCUACAAAUGACGCGGAAGACGACACCAAGGGCUCUGACAAGGAGACCAGAGAGAAGACGAAGGAGAAGCGUGACGAUGAGUCCUCAGCCACCUCCACAUCGUCCUCUGAUGAUGAAUCCGAGACGAGCUCGGAGGAUAAGACCGAGUCAUCGAUGAAGCCAGAGGCUGAUCGGACACUCGUUACAACGGCUGAGAAGAAGGAGGAGCCCGCUAAGAACGAUGACACUACUGACGACAGUGACAUCGACGAUGAUCUCGUAUCGACUAUUAAUUAUAAUACUAUCACGUCACUGGCAGCGCUCAAGGAUAUGCUGCAGUGCUCUGGGGAGGACUCGGAUGGUGUAGAUAGCUUUUUUCAUCAUUAUUUUCUAUCGCAUGUGAAUAGAUUGCCAUCGAGAAAUCAAACUCAUAGUCCAUAUCCGUGGGGGAGACGACUCUCGGAGUGUCGGGAGGAGGAUGAAUAUGAGACUGAAGAAAAUAAAAUUGGUGACACCAUUUCCAAACGAACCAAGGACGACGAUAAAACCCCAGUAAUAACUCAAGAUUCCCAAGAAAAAUCUGAAAGUCUGCCAUCGAAGACAUCUAGUCUCUCCUCAUCGGCGAAAUCGAGCUCUGAGAAAAUUGAUCAGAAGUCGAAUCCCACCUCGAGUGUCUCGGACUCGAGACCACCGCCAACAGCAUCAACUGGUUCACGAUUCACCACGACGACAGUCACAUCACCGACAUCCAGCAAACCACCUCUGCGUAGGAGGCACACUGCUGGCGGUGGGAUGACCUUCCCAGCCACCGAUCCACCUAGCUACUCCAGUAGCAUGAUUUUUUCACGAACUAGUCCUCUGCCGAGUCCUCAUUUUGAUAAGAGGUUCUUCGACUCGAGUUUGAUUGAGAUGAAGAGCCAAGCCAGCAGCUCCAGUACCUUAGAUUACUCAUCCACAGAAGAUAUUUGGGUGCGAAGGAUCGAUUUUGUUCAAGAACGUAAACGAAAGGAACUCGGAUCCCAACCGCUGCCAACAAUUGUCACUGAGGAUGCCGACAAUUCUGGUCAAAAGUCUGAUGAUCAAGGCACAAGACCACGUGCUGGCACAUGGGGCUCACACUCGAGGCCGAUCAGAAAGCCAGCGUCGGGCAGUGCUCCGGGCUCAGGCAAAUCAACACCACUUCCUCAACAAUCAGAGCCAUCGGGCUCCUCUACCACGAUGAAAGUCGUUGGAAGAAAAACAUCGGGAGUACGAUCUAGUUCAAAUAGUCGAAGUAAUAGUCGUAGCAACAGCGUAGAACGUAGAAAAAGUGGCGAUGAUACAGUUAGUCCAACGAGAAAAAAUGCUCUCUUUGAUGCUUUCCGUCCCAGGAGUAAGUCUGAUGCCAGCAAGACAAGGAAACCCAGUAUUAUUGCUAAUAUGAAGACUGCAGUGCAAAAUUCGUUGUACAGAGGAUCUCACGGGAGUUCGUCGAACGAUGUACGCACUGAGAAGGACCACAAAGACCACAAAGACAGCAAGGAGCAGAUAUCAAGAUCUCGAUCGGGCUCUGAGUCAAAUAGAAAUCCCGUUAGUAAAGUUAUGGAUCUCAUUAGACAUCGCAGUCACAGUGCUAUCAGUUCUGAGGACAAACGCAAGGCGAGAACUGCUGCACAACAUCAGGCACACUUGGCGUCCAACAGUGCACUUCGGAGAAAUUCUCUGGAGCCUGGACAGAGGCGUUUGUCACUCGGAACACCGGCCAUACCUCACAGAGCUUCAGACGCCUGUUUGGAUCCUGUGCACGCUGCUAUUUUAUUCCGCGAUGCUCGAGGCCUACCUGUUGUCGAUCCCUUCUUGGAGAAGGUCUCACUCUCAGAUCUUGAGGAGGACGAGUCGCAGAUAUUCGUGAAAUUCUUCAAGUUCCACAAGUGCUAUGACUUGAUACCUACGAGUGCCAAACUCGUUGUAUUCGACACUCACUUACUUGUGAAGAAGGCAUUUUUCGCGCUCGUUUAUAAUGGUGUCAGAGCAGCUCCACUGUGGGACAGCUCUAGACAGGAGUUUGUCGGUAUGCUGACCAUCACAGAUUUCAUAAAAAUCCUUCAGAUGUAUUAUACGAGUCCCACCGUCACCAUGGACGAGCUGGAGGAGCACGAGUUGGACACUUGGCGCAAAGUUCUCAAGGACCAGGUUCAUCCCCUCGUGAGCAUAGCUCCGGACGCUUCUCUCUACGAUGCAAUAAAAACCCUAAUACAAAAUAGAAUUCAUCGAUUGCCUGUGAUAGACCCGGAUACCGGAAAUGUAUUGUACAUUUUGACACAUAAGAGGAUACUUAGGUUUCUAUUUCUCUACAUUCACGAGCUACCAAAGCCAUCGUUCACCAAUAAAACACUCCGAGAACUGAGAAUAGGAACAUUUGAGAAUAUAGAGACAGCAACUGAAGAAACUAGUAUAAUUCUAGCACUUAAAAAAUUCGUCGAGAGGCGAGUGUCAGCUCUGCCAGUCGUUGAUUCCGAGGGAAAACUAGUUAAUAUUUAUUCCAAGUUUGAUGUUAUUAAUUUGGCUGCUGAGAAAACUUAUAAUAAUUUAGAUGUCUCGUUGAGGGAGGCUAAUGAGCACAGGAAUGAGUGGUUCGAGGGCGUACAAAGUUGUAAAUUAGAUGAAACACUUUUUACUGUUAUGGAGAAAAUUGUUAGGGCUGAGGUUCACAGACUAGUUGUAGUCGAUGAAGAGGAGAAAGCCAUCGGCAUUAUUUCUCUGUCCGAUUUGCUGUUUUAUCUGGUCCUCAGGCCUUGUGGUGAAGACAGUACGAGCACCAAAGGUAGUUCAAUAUCCCUUCGGGCCCAAGACUCCUUGAAUUCCACAAAAGUACUGAGUUCAGCACAAUCAGAGGCAUCACUGGCAGACGAGGAUCAGCCAGACGCGACGCCGAGUCCUCCCCUGAGUCCAGCAGCUUCAGACACCUCAGAGUUGCAGCAAACCCUGGUGAACCCCUCGCAAGAGCCAUCCUGGCGAGAGGUGGCAGUCUCCGGGGGUGAGUGAAUGCCAAAAUCACCCAGAGCACCACGCAAGAACGUUCUAAAUCGAGGAAAAGCUCCAACUCGCAGGGAAAUUUGAUAUCGAAUUACCGAAUCAUUGUCGGGGGAACGAUGGAUCCCCUGGCCUGUAGAUUUGCCUUAAAUUUUCGUCGCUCAUUAGUCAACAAUAGUUUUAGAAAGAAACCCUUAAUUUUCAUUAAUUCGACAGAAUGAGAAAUUUGUAUUCAAUAACAACGUGUAAAGGCGUCUAGUGUUGCCAUUACAACGCGAUGAUAGCUUUCAACUUGGAGAAUUUUUUCAUUGUACUGUAAUCUUUCCUGUAUAUGGUAAACAAAUUUUUUCUCGUUUUUCUCGUUUCUCCAGCAUCAUUUGUCCUAGUCUUUGCUUGUAGAGUGAUUGCAGAAUAGAAUGUGUUGAAAAUAAUUUCAGUAAUUAAAUAAAUGAAGAAUGUUUAUAGAUUUUACCCCUUUAUGUAAUCAUUCGUGAGGCUUCAGUGAUUGAUAAUUGAAGAAAAAAAACAAUUACAGGAAGUGGAAUGAAUUUUUUUUGUAAAAGAAAUGGAAAACACGUGUCAUAUAAUAGCAAUAAUCUUAUGCAAUAAGAAAUAAGCUGUAUUGAUUUGUGAUAGUGCCCCUGGUCUAUGACUGUAAAAAUAGAAUAAACAAUUGGAAAUGAAAAUUGAAUUUUGGUUCGAGUUUGGAUGAAUUGAGAGCAAAAUUUGUAUAUAUUUUUGAGUGCUACGCUUGCAGUGGCAUGUGCACAUGUUACAAUGCGAUAAAUUACACAAGAAUCAUGACUCAUUGACGUUUGAAAGUCGUUAUUAGUGAUGCUACUGUCGUGUCUGUCAUUACAACGGUUUUAGACAUUUUUUUUUAUUGGCUACUGCUGAGGGAAGUGCAGUGCAGUUGUGAAAACACUGAGAGAUGAUUAAUUGUGUAAUACGAGUGUGUGAGGUUUGUUGAAGGCCUAUGAAAAUUAUGAUGGAACAAAUUGUAUCUGCAACUGAGUUAUUAUUUGCUGCCUUAGGAGGUCCAAUUCAUUAAUUCAAUCUACUGAGACAGUGAUUUCACGCCCAAAAGCCUUCGAUUAAACACAAUGCAAUUACGAUUUAUUGAAUUCUCAUAUUAUAAAUGCAAAAUAUUUAACAAUUGUAAUCAGGAUAUAUUUUAGGUAUUAUUGAUAGGCAUUGUGCGAUGUAGAGAAAAUUUACGAUGACAAGGGGAAAAGAUACUUGAUGAUUUAUUGUAAUUGUGAAUGUGAAAAAGAACGAUUAAUAAAAUAAGGCACUAAUUUUGUCAUAUGAGGUCGUUAUCGGGUGCUUUGGGGGGUUACAUGGUAUUUAUUUAUUUUUGGAAACGGUAGAAACAGUUGGGGGAAGGAUGACAGGAAAUUCAAGGAAAAAUCCCAUUUUUUUUGAUUUUCUGAGGACCAAUUUGGAAUUUUUGCUGGGGAAUAUCAGGGGAACAUAAAGUGAAGAGAAUUGUAUCAAAGCUUAAGGCAAAGGUUUAUUCUCAUGUAGAAUACAAAUAUAGAGAUUUAUUAAUACACAAUUUGUGAGGAUAUUUCACAUCCUCUACUGGUCCAACGCCGCGAAAAAUGGAAGAAUACUUUACUCGAAAAAUUCUUACAAGUCUGAAUGACGUCAAAACCUCCUAAAAUAUUGGAUUUUCUCCUCCACUUUUGGCUCUUUAAACAUUUUUAAAAAUUAAACGAUAAGUACUUGACAUUUUUACAGCAAAAAACUCAAUUUACUGAAGCCCAAUGUAGGAUUCUCCUUCGUAAAAUAUGAGGGAAGACAUCACAAAUCAAAACUCGAGCUAAAAUUUUAUGCUGAUGUAGAAUGCAAAUAUAGAGAUUUAUUAAUACAGAA